UCUCUCUAUCUAAACAUCUCUCCUCCGUCUUCAGCUUCGUGGGUGUGUUGUUGGCUCGUCGUAUAAAUAAAGGCUUCUCUGUUUUUUAAUUCUUUCUUUUUUUCAAAAAUUUAAACAAUGGAGAUCUCCCUCCUUCCCUUCUUCUUCUAGGGUUUCUCUUCUUCCUUUCCCGCCGUGGAUAUAGCUGUCUCGGCGGCUAGUACUCUUUCCGAUGGAUCUAGAAUCAGCGACUCCGAUGAUUGACGGAAACGAAGAGGAGCAACUGGUGUCUCCGCCUGCCAAAAGGCAAUGUUUUGGCCAAGAUAUGAACAGAGUGGCCGAGAUUGUUUUGGUUUUGUCGGCUUUAGGGAGGAUGCGAGGUGGAGAAACUCCCACGGAUUUGGAACUCCAGCUGAUGGUUGAAGCUAAGUCGAAAUUAGCUGGAUUGUGUCAGGAGUUUACCCCUAUCGAUAUCCUCCGUAAGGAUGAUGUUACAGCUGUGGUUGAUGAUUUGGGUUUGAAUGGUCAACUUUAUGACCAGAGAGUAGGGUUCCGAGCUCCUAAGCUGACUAUCUUCGAGAAGCUUUCUCUUGGAAAAAGAAAGAUGGAAGAAGUAAAAAGGUAUCCUACCUCUACUGUAUCUACUGUAUCUGCAUUGUCACAGGCAAAUGGUAGUGUUGCAUCUCCAGGUCUUGCGAAUAAAGCUUCUGUGGCACAUCAGUGGCCUAAUAGAGAAGUUAAUACAGUUAACACAAGUGGAAGCCAUUUCAAAACUGAGAGACCUCAGAUGAUACUUAACGGUGCCUCUCAAGGGACUUCAGUUUCUACCGCAAAUUAUUAUGCAGCACCCUGGUCUGCCAAAUCUCAAUCCACCAUAUCUUUCAGCUCUGCUCCAGAUAAGAAGGUUCCUAUACAAAAUUCUGCCAGGUUAGCAGAUCCAAGCUUUAGGCCGUUCAUGUCUCAAACUCCGCACGGUACAUUCCCAAAAACAAAUCAGCCGAUGCAGGGGAUGAAUUAUGGUCAGACUUCUUCCUUUGGAAACAACCAUAGUGAAAUUGCCAAGAUAGUCCAAAAAUUUCUACAACCACUGGUUAAACAAUAUCCUUUGUGGAAUCCACCUUCAAGAGAGUAUAUGAGCAGGGCAAUGGCAUGCCAGAUGUGUGAUAUUACCAUCAAAGAAAUGGACACUCUACUGAUUUGUGAUGCCUGUGAAAAAGCAUACCACUUGAAAUGUCUGCAAGCAAACAAUAUUAAAGGGGUUCCAAAAUCUGAAUGGCAUUGCUCAAGAUGCGUGCAAGCAUUCAAUGGGAAGCCAUUUCCUCCUACGUAUGGUCGUACAACUCGUGCCGUAACUACAACUGCAGCAAAAGUGCCUUCUAGUACAGCCGGAGUUCAAUCAUCCUCAGCGAAGAAAAUUGGAUCGAUGGAUAUGAAGGUUAAUCAACAAAAACAAAUUGUAACUACGACUCCCAGAGUGCAAAACUUCUCUGGCUUUGUUUCUGGAGCAUCAACUACAUCUCAUGUUGAGGCUACUAGUGUAAAUGCAAAUACAACUCCAAGCGCAGCAAAGACUACUAACAUUGGAUCACAAAGGUAUACGGAAAAUGUUACCUCUGGAGCCAGUUCUCCAGCACUGAUAUCACUUACCGAGACUCCAAAUCUUACAGCAAGUUCACGUACAAGUUCAGUGAUAAACAAUGGCCUCAUGUCAAAACCUUUGACACCAGUUGGCACUCUGAGCUGCACUUCUCCGUUGCGCGUUAAUAAUCAAGUUCCUGUGAAUGCAACCUCAAGUGUUAGGCCGACUACACCAAUAACUACUAGCUUUAUCGCAAGAGCCCCAUCCGUUACCCAAAAUGGUGACAGCAGCUCAACCGCCUCUGGAACUGCUGACUCUAUAUCGAAAGCUGACCUUACCACUCAAGUUCAUACAUUGACUCAUUCUGAGGAUGCAAAAGCAACUGAUGAUGCAGCUCCUAUAGAAAUUGUUGUUGAUGAACCACAACCUCCUAUGGGAAAUGUUGCUGAGUGUGAGAAUCCAUCAGAAUCUACAUCUCAUUCAGACUCUCUGAAGGAUGCUCGGGAGAAAUUUGCUUCUGAAACUUGCCAGAACCACGCUACAGAAUCUUUAAAGGUAGUUUCAUCAGAUCAAGAUUCAAAGAUCACUGCCGAACACUCCAUGCCACAAGAGCAUUCAGCUUACCUGUCGGAGAAAACAGCAUCUCAGCCGCCUCCGGUGUCAUCUAACUAUCAUUCAAAAAUCCAGAAGGAAACACCCAAUGUACAAGAAUCUUGACAGAAUGUCUUGGGAGAUUCACGGGAAGGCAAAGAGUUAACUGGUUUAGAUAUUAGACAUCAGGAACAUCCUUCAAAUCCCGAGUUUGUUAAGUAAGAUUCGAUAAAGGAGGCAAACGCUGCCUAGAAUUCUUUAGCAUUACGUGGGAUUAUUUUACAAGCAACUAUUGUCUUCUCUCAUCUUUGGGUUCCUAAUGAGGUUCAAUACGGUGCAAAACCAAUUUAUGAUCAAUUUCAAGUUUUUGCAGCCUUUAAAAAAUAAGAACUGUAAUACUAUCAUUAAUUCAUGAUUCAGGUUAAUAUUUGACUUAUGAAAUAAAAUGAAUUUUUUUUUAUUCA